AGCCGUGAUGAACGAAAUGAAGUGGGCGAUGCACCUCGACGCACGCAGCCUGUGGUGUGCUUCGGCUGUAAGGCAGUGGGUCACUACCGCAGCGACUGCUAGCGUUUGUGGACUAAUCCGGAAACGCGCAGGCAAUUGGAAGCUGACGGCUACCAUUGCCCACCGGAGUACCAACGACGCAGGAGAUCGUCUUCACCGCGACGUAACCCGGUUAUGAGUUUUAAACGAUCACCAUCGGAGGAGCCUAAGACCGCAGCUCGUACGACGGAGCUCGAGAAGACGGUAGAAGCCAUGAAGUCCUUCGUUGACGCCGAGAUGGCCCACCAAUCUGCUAAAGAGAACAAGAAACGUGAGAAAGCAGAGGCUAAACAACGUGAAGAACAAGAGCGUUUAGCCCGGGAGGAGGUGAAACGUCUAGAAGAGUUGAAGAAGCUUAAGAAGCUGGAGAAGAUAUGGAAGCGGGAGGCUGACCGAGAAGCUAUGGCUAAGGCAAUUGAGAUAUCAGUGGGACUGCGCUUCGGUACGGUCGACGACCGUCUGAAGAAUAUUGUACGGGAAGUGAUAACCGAAGGACUCCUGCCUCCGAAAGACAAAGGCAAGGGACCGGAGGCGAUUGCAUCCACAUCAGGUUCCGCAAAUGCCAGUGAGAUUAAAGGCAUCACCAAGAGUACAGAAGGGCUGCAGAUUACCGAGAAACAUAAGCGUGGCUCCCCGGAGCAUGAGAUUCUUUCCCUUUGGACGUCUCAAACUUUCGAUGGUCGAUUCCUUCGAAACAAUGUGAGGAUAAUUAAUAAUAGUUUAUCCCUCGCUUCCUCACGGUUGAAGCAGCCGAGCGAUGGUGUUCGAGGAUUCCAGGGCCAACUUAGGGCUCAAGGUCCAAUCUUUCAUCGUGUCGGUGCAUUGGCUGUGGGGGAAGGGAAACGUCCUCAGUUUGCGCAACUAUACUUGCACGAUCCUCAACGUUUGGACGAUGCGAUUGACCAAAGGCUAAAUUUCCUUAACUUACCUGCACGUACAUCCGAUGACGAACUUGAUCGAGCGAAACACAUAUUGAGAAGGUUUCACGAAUUGCUACAACAAUGUAACAAUUACGUGAAGGACUUUAUGACGGUUGCUCACCUUCCGCCGAAAGUGUUGAACGGGAGGAAGUUGGUGAUAAAUCCAGAUGUCAUGCCUGAUGAGGAACAUGCAAGGCGUUAUAACCGUCCUAUGGGUUUACAUGAGGUGUGUGUUCUGAUUGUCGAUGAACUCCUUCCUCGUGAGCUUGAGAUUCGUUUGCAUGCUCCUCUUCCGGGUGAGCGGCAGACCGUUGUGGUUCCAGAAUGUUCUCGAGUGCACGACUGCUUAAGGACGAUCAUCAUGUUCUUGGUGAGGUUGAACGUCGAUGUUCGCAAGGGAAUACCCUUGAUGAUGCUGAGAACAUGGUUGUGGAGGGAGGUGGUGACGAUUGUCGUGCCGAUGGGGAUGGUUCACGUAGAGGGUGCAAGAUAUUGUGGAAGCAAGAGCGGAAUCGAAUACGAGUAUGAACACUUGGAGAUGUGUGGAUGUUGCAAUUCAUCUCGAUUACAAUCGGCAAAGACAGGCUCGAUCGAAACUUUCGAGGAGUAUCGUUGCAAAGUGUUGCAACGAGUUUCUGUUCGUGAGGUGUUGCAAGAGUAUCGCUCCGGUACUGGAAGCUACCAAGGAAAUAUACGAACGGAGACCCCACAGACGAGCAAUGGCUGCGCCUCCUACGAACAUGGAGGAAGCUCCCCCCUCGAGAUCAACCAGCACCAGAAAGGCGACCGUUAUUUUGUUGAUAUUGAUUUUGUUGAUAUUGAUUUUGUUGAUAUUGAUUUUGUUGGAGGACAAAUGUUGCAAGUGACGAGGGAGAGGCUGCUGGAGUUUGAGGAGAAGAGGGUGUUGAGAGACGGUGGUGGUCUGCAGUGGGUUCGGUGUCCGAUGGGGAUUUGCAACGCGCCUGCCACGUUUCAGCGAGCUAUGAAUGUGACAUUCCAGAACUUCGUCAACAAGACGUGGCUAACUCAGGGGAUGAUUAACUUCUGCGUCAUUGUGUAUAUGGACGACGUCCUGGUCUACUCGAAAACCUAUCACGGGCAUGCACAACAUAUCGAAUGGACGCUGGGAGCUCUGAGAGAUGUUGGGUUCAAAAUCGCGCUCGAAAAGAGUGAGUUUUUCCUCUCGGAAAUCUUGUUCUUGGGUUACAUGUUGACACGUGGAGGACUGCGACCAGACUCGAGAAAAGUCACGGCGGUGAAAGACGCCCCUGUCCCCACGUCAUUAAUGCAGGUUCGAGCUUUUCUGGGGCUGGCGUCGUACUAUCGUCGCUUCAUCAAAGGCUUCGCCGCAAUUGCGCGACCUCUAACGAACCUACUGCGAAAGGACCAGCCCCUCAACUGGGAUGCAGAGUGCGAACAGGCCUUCACCACCCUCAAGGACGCCCUGGCGACGACACCUAUUUUGAUCCGACCGGACCCUAUGAAGCAGUUCAUUUUUAUCACGGACUGGCAGCCAGAGGCGAUCUCCGCUAUUCUAGGGCAGAAGGGGAACGACGACUAAGAAUACGUCAUCGAGUACGCACAUCACGCA